GGGGGAGGCCUGUGGCGCUUGUCUUCUUGCCCCGAGCUUGAAAGGAGGUGGAAACAGCAGUGGCGGCGGCGGUGGCGGCGACGACGUUUGUCGUUGGAGACGCAACCUGAGGCGAGUCCCUUCAGCGGCGGGACAACCGAAGGAAGAAGGACCCAGCACAUUUUGACAGAAGAUUAUUCACAAAAGAUGGAGAGCCUGCUGUGAGAAGAAUCAUUCAUCUCUGCUUUGUGCCUGCCUGUGGAAGGACAGAAUUACACUAAUUCUCCCAAGAUUGCCUCUGAAAGUUUGGUAUCGUGUGCAUCUUUCAGUCUGGCUGUGUGUUUAGUAUGCGGAUUCUACCUCUUCACUAAUGAGAGGGAGAAUGGGAACCCAGGGCAGCCCUGUGAAGAGCUAUGAUUAUCUGCUCAAGUUCUUGUUGGUUGGUGACAGUGAUGUCGGCAAAGGAGAAAUCCUGGAGAGCCUUCAAGAUGGAGCAUCUGAAUCGCCUUACGCAUACAGUAAUGGAAUUGACUACAAGACCACAACAAUCCUGUUAGAUGGCAGACGAGUCAAACUGGAGCUCUGGGACACAUCGGGCCAAGGGAGGUUCUGUACAAUUUUUCGGUCAUACUCCAGGGGAGCUCAGGGAAUCCUCUUGGUCUACGACAUUACCAAUCGCUGGUCUUUUGAUGGAAUAGACAGAUGGAUCAAGGAAAUUGAUGAGCAUGCUCCUGGUGUGCCCCGCAUCUUGGUUGGCAACCGGCUUCAUCUGGCCUUUAAACGGCAAGUGCCAACAGAGCAAGCCCGCUCCUAUGCAGAGAAAAAUUGCAUGACGUUCUUUGAGGUCAGCCCAUUGUGCAACUUCAACGUGAUUGAGUCCUUCACGGAGCUGUCUCGUAUUGUGCUGAUGAGGCAUGGCAUGGAGAAGAUCUGGAGGCCCAACAGAGUAUUCAGCCUGCAAGACCUCUGCUGCCGUGCCAUUGUUUCCUGCACGCCCGUCCACCUUAUAGACAAGCUGCCCCUUCCCGUCACCAUCAAGAGCCACUUGAAGUCCUUCUCCAUGGCUAACGGCAUGAACGCAGUGAUGAUGCACGGCCGCUCAUACUCCUUGGCCAGCAGCGGAGGCGGGAGCAGCAGCAAAGGCAACAGCUUGAAACGCUCCAAGUCUAUCCGUCCGCCACAGAGCCCACCACAGAACUGCUCGCGCAACAACUGCAAGAUCUCUUAGCAAGUCGGUGCUGGGGAGUGUCUCCUCCAGCCACGCCCGCCCACUCACUGAUGUACAGAUGUUUACACACACGUAACCCAUUCCACUGGGGUCUCUCCUGGCGUUCCUCUGUGUCUCUGGCAACAGUGCCUACAGGAUUGGCAUGGAGCUUGUGGGCUGACGUGAGGUUGGCAGGAUCCCACAUGGCAAGGGGGUGCUGAGCCAGCCUUCCCAGAAUGCAGUAGGUGUGCCCCUCACCCUGCUCUGAGGGGCAACUGCAUGGCUGCCUCAAGGGAAUGACUCUCUUCUUCCUGCGAGGGAGGAGAUGGGACUCUGUGCUGCAACUUUAACCUUGCGCUCCCAAGUGGAUUGCUGGUGCUACAGUGAACAUGACUCUUUUUUUUAAAAAAGGGGGUGAGGAGGCAGGAAUUAUAGCAACUUCAACCCAGAUAGAGUUCUGCCUUUACCCAACAGAAAUACCAUGAUUGGCUGGGGAUCCUUAGAAAGCAGGCUGCUUGACAUUUUCACUUAUUUAUAAAUAUAAAGAGAUUCUCACUACUUUUUUCUUCUUCUUAGUUCUCCUCCAUUCCUGCCUUUUUUUAAAGAGAAGGACAUCAGGGGGGAAAUGUUGUGCUGCCUUGUAAAUAGAAGUACUGAGCCUUGAACCCUAGGGCUAAUUGAAGUAGGAGGGGGGUUGACGGGGGUCAAGGAGCAAAAUGAUCCAACACUCUGAGAAUUGUAUAAGACUCACAGGGUUGCUGUCAUUUUUUAAAAAAAUUCUGUUUGUGAAAGGAGGUAGGGAUUUGUUCCUCUCUUUUCUUUUUGACUUAGAUUUUCCAGACAUUCCUGGUAACAAGUGCAUGGCUUAAAUGGACAGCAAGGGCAGGGUUCUGAAUCAUACUGCUGUGUUUGUGGGGAUGGGGUGGGGGGAAGAGAAUGAGGGUGGGGGAGUCCUGACUACAUCUGGAAUUGGUUAAUGACUGAUCAAGCCAUCCCUGCCUCCCAGGAGGCUUAAGGCAAAAGGUUAGACUGUACCAAAUCUCAAAAAGAUCAUGGCGGGGGGGUGGCGGCGGGGGGAGACGAUCAUCAGUAAAUGCUGCUCUUUUAUGGCUGUUCAUAAUUACUGGGUUGUGUGAGGCAUGGGGAGAUCUGGGGCUCCUGAACAAAACCUCUCCUGCAGCAUGUUCUCUGGCUGGGCAGAAAUCCUCGCAUGUUACUGCGCUUUUGCUUUUGUAGUCAGCUGCUUGCUUUUGAUGCUCUCUAGCCCUGUGGUGUUGUCAAUCCUGUUCAUACAGCUUCUCUGAACUACAGAGUUGCUCAGGGAGCCCAAACAGUCUUAGAAAUCCAGGGCACACCUCCCCACCCCUCCCACCCCCAUUAACACCUUUUCACUUUUCAAAAAUCAAUUUAUUCACCAGAAUUGUACACAGAUAGUAAAAGCCUCUCUUAUAGCAUGCAUAAGAGUAUUAAGAUUGGUGGGGUAAGGUGGGAGAGGUGGAAUACUGAGAAACAAAUUAGUUGCAGCUUCCGUGGCUCUUUCCUUUGUACACUGCCCUGCUCUCUGUUCACUUAGAGUACCCUGUGCUGCCACAAAUGCACAUUGGGCUGUUGUUUUAGCUUUGGCUGGAGUUGAAAUGGAUGUUUGGGGAAUAUCUUCCAGCCUGUCUUAAGCUAAAAGGAGAGGCUGGCUUGAUGGGAAACGAAGCAGAAGUGUGCAGAGGGUGAAGCUACAGUCACCUGCUGGCUUUAUUGAUAGAGCAUAUGAAUUGCAUUCUGGAAUCUUUGAUUUAUUCACCUCCUUCGCCACCUAGUUCGUUCUCUCUCUCUCUCCCUCCCCCCCCCCACCAUAUUUAUCUCAAUCUAUCUCUCCCUGGUGAAUGUCUCCUCCCAGGUGGCUUUCCUCAAUACCACCCACCAUCCUGCCCAGGUCUGGCCACUUAACCUUAUUGCAGAUUGGAAAGGGUAGUAUGAUGCUGCUGGUUGCUUGUCAUGCAGCUGACUAACCCAUUCUGUUCACGAACUUUGACAGGAGCCUAGCUGGCAGAGCUGCAGCUUAUUGGCUGCUCCAAGAUGGCUUGGCACGAGGGGUGAGCCAAGCCCCGCUGCUGGCAUGAGCUCAAAGAGGGUGGCGGGGACAGGUCAAGGGCAGGGGAACGCCUUUAGCGGCAUCUCAUCGGGCUGUGAACAAAGCCAGAGCCAAAUCCAGGGCAGGAGCAUGGAAGCUUGGAGAUUUACAGGGCAUGUCGGCACAGCCACGACCACCUGUUGCCGCUUGCUCUAAAUGGAGUGGGAGACAAUCACUGACUCAACAGCCUGGCAUUCUGGGGAUGUGCAGUGAACAGGUGAUCUAGGAGGCAGCCUGGACACAGCCAUCUUUCCACCCUUGGUUUUAAAAUAGCUACUUCCCAAAAGAGCUAUAGAAUGUGCAUUGUUUUUCUGAAGAAUUGCAGGGAGUGCCCCCCAUGCACCCCCCCCUGCUUGGCAGGCUGUAAAUCCUCCUUAUUGUGUCUCCAGCAUCUGAUAUCACUUGUACAUAAUCUGCUGGGACAGGGUGGCCAUGGAGCUUUUCUUACCAGAGCAGAAGAGUUCAACUACCUGCACUUGUUCUUUCUUACUUGUACAUGCAUAAUUUUCAGUCUCACCUAAAUGCCUGUCUUUAAUUUUCCCUUCUUCUUUUUUUUUUUAAAUCAUGGCAAAUUCUGUGGAAUGAGACUCUUUGGAAUGUCUGUCAAUCAAAGCUGAACUUGUACCUUAUUUUAUUAAUGUUCAACUCAAAGAAUGUGAUCUGAUAUCAAACACUAGAAACUAGCUGCUCUCCCACACACGUACCAUUCCUCUGUUUUUAAUUCCUUUGUACAGUAAACGUUGUUAAACUGAUGGUUUUUAUAUAAAUUAAAAAAAAUUAUCUUGUUUUAAAACCA